AUGCACGAUGGCAAGAUGACGAUUACUGUUAAUUCCUACCUUGGAAAACUGAAAAAGACUCAGAUUGGUAGAGUGUACGUAGAAGAUUUGGAUGAUUGGGACCUUGGAGACAAAACGUUUACUUGGAAAGAAUCUCUGCCCGGUUUUGAACUGUCACCAAAAGGAGAGAUAACAAUGGAUGCGAACAUGCCACCGGGUACUUAUCAAAUGUCCUCAAAUGUGCACGACAACCGUCGAAAUGAGAAUGCUGUUGGCUAUGUGACCGUAAAUGUGCUUCUUGUGCCUGAAGUAGCGUUCAGCAAUCAGGGUGCAAUGCAAUUACUUCUCGCUGAAGACUCAAGUCUGCAGUCACCUGAAGACUUUAUUCGGGUAGAUGCUAAUGGGAAGAGCAUGAUGAAUACGUUCACUCAGGAAAUGGUUAAGUAUAUGGGAGGAAAUGUUGUGCUCGAUGUGUUUUCUGUUCAGUUGGAUUACGCUACAUUACAAACUCGUACGGUGCCAGUGAUCAAUGUUCGAUUUUCGGCACAUGGAUCUCCUUACAGAGAUUCCACCCAGCUGAAUGGAUUGAUCUCAGCCAAUCGCUACGACUUGCAGAAUAAAAUGGGAGCGACGAUCGUUGGUGUUGGAAUUGACAUGUGCAAAUUCACCGUCUGCGACUCGGGAUGUCAAACAGUCCACACCGCAGAUUUUAAUGGAGUGGUUGUCUCUGCAAAUAGCACAGUGCUUGUUGGAGUGAAUGCUCAAUCAAAAGAUGAAUGCACUUGUCCAGUGUGGCGUCCACCAACACAAUGCCAAGCUGGUUUGUGCCAUAAUGAUGGAGCUUGCCACAACACGCAUCCUGGAUUCUUCUGUGAAUGUCGCAACGAUCUUUUAAAAGGCUCAAGAUGUCAAGGAACGACAAGAUCUUUCUCUGGGGAUGGUUUUGCCUGGUACAAGCCAAUGCCAGCGUGCACUAGCCUUAACAUCAGCAUGCAGUUUAUGACUUUACAACGCGAUGCUGUAUUAUUCUAUAAUGGGCCGAUGGACACGAAGAAUAGUGAUCUACAGAUUGAUUAUCGCGAUUACAUCAUUAUCCAACUCAAAAAUGGACGUCUUGCUCUAGAGAUGUCGAUGAAUGGUAUAGCACCGGUUAGCCUUGAAGUUGCAUCAACUCCUCUGAACGAUGGAACGUGGCAUGAAUUAGCGGUUACACAGAUUGGAAAGUAUAUCGAACUUGUUGUGGACCAAUGUCGCUUCCUUGGAGCUGGCUCGGAUGAUCUAUCAUGCCGAAAAUCUGUGUACACUCCUGAUGAUGAUGAACGACUGAACAUCGUUGCUCCCGUGCAAAUUGGUGGCAUCGCUCCACUUGCUGGAGGUCAAGCGUAUCCUACCGCCAUUCCUCACACCAGUCUGAACGGUUGCAUCCGUAACUUACGAGUGAAUGAUGACCAGUACGACCUUGCAACUCCAUCGUAUGAAAAGAAUUCCGCGGCUGGAUGCAAACUCUGGGGUGGCGCAUGUGACAGCAAUGCUAUUGACAGCCUUACUCAUUGUGUCCAUGGAGAUUGUUAUGCUGAUGUACAGGGUAGUACACCGAUGGUGCCUAAAUGUAUCUGCGACCCAGGAUGGGGAGGUCCUCGA